AUGCCACGCAAGUCAAAAGCAGGGACUGACAGUGAAACGUCGUCGUCGAUUACUUCUUCCGUUUCAACUAGGCUUCGCUCCGCAAACAGAAAGGGCACGCAUAAUGAUACUCCGAAGUCGACCCCAACCAAAGAAUCAGCCAAAAAGAAGUCCCAAGAGUUAUCGCUAUCAGAACGUGCUUCGACAGAAAAGUCCGUUCCCGAAGAAACUUUGAAUUCGAAAAGCGUCGUUGAGAAGGUUGACGACAUGCUGGAGACCGAGACUUCAGUGUCAACAACAACGAAGUAUAUUUCUGAAUUGCAAGAAGUAAACAAGAGAACCUUGAAAGAGGUCGCCGAACAGGAAAAAGUGACGGGUAAAAUAUCGGAAUCCUCCUCGGACGACGAUGCAGCACCCGAAGAGGUUUCAAUGAACACGAGCAAGGUUCAUGAGUUGGAUGCUCAAAAGCGAAAGCGAGCGAUCACGCAAAGACUCGUAGAGGAGAAGAAACAAAGACGUCGUCAACUCGAUCUGAAAUAUAAAGAGCAAAGAAAUCGAAAGCUGGAGGAGUUGGAGAAAAACGUUCAGGUGGAUGCACUUUUUGGUGAUCAAUUUGACUCGAGCAGGAGAAAGGAAUUGGAGGUCGAGGUUCAGGUGAUUACACCCUCGGAUGAAUUGCCCACACCCUUACCUCAGAAAAUAUUAGAAAACUUGGAAAUCGAAGAGAGAAGGAAUGCAUCAAGACCGAGUAAUGUCACGAAGGAGAGUAACAUUAGGAAUAGUGAACCUCCUCGGAAGAAAAAAAGGAAAAAGGAUAAUGAUACCGGACCGUUUACCGUCGUUGUCAUAGACCGCGAUCAGCCUAAUGCUAUCAGUAGGGAGGUUGUUGAAUUCCGAGAAAAUCAUUUUUACGGAGACAGAUUACCACGAAAGAAUGCUAUCUUAAAUGCAAGUCAGGCAAGAAACGGCGCGGCAUUACGAUUUAGGAGGAGAUAA